GGCCGAAGCCACCUGCAAGGGCGCUGCAUUCAGCUGCAUUCCGGAGAUGAGGAGCUCCUGCAAAGGCUUGCCAUAGUACAACGCAUCACAGGGCCUUUGAACCUCUUUGGGUGAUGAUUUUCCAUGAAGAGCUUUCAAUUUUCCAGCCCAACGCUCCAUCAGAGACAUGCAAGAGACCGGCACAUUGCUCUGUCAGACAGCAAUCGUCACGCGUCAAGUAUUGUUGCUUUCCUUGAAGCUAAGUCUUUGAGCUGCUCGUAGUGGGUGUGUUCCUAGUUUCUCACAAGCUACCAACAAUCUGCUUGAGUGUCAGUAUUAGAUCCUGCUGAGAGGAAGGUUCCAGCAGAGUUAGGCCAUGGCUCCAAACUUUCAGACCCGGAGCAUCAGCUUAAAUCCAUUUAGGCGAGACACACGUUCUGGAUAUGAGAGUGCUGUCUACUCGAUGCUUGAAGAUCCAGUGCUCAAAGAUGUCCCGGCCAACCCCUCUGUUGAAGACAUAGAUAAGUUACUGGCUGUUGAAAUGGGGUCGGCAAUGAAGCUGACAAUAAAAAAGCUGGAUGCCACAAGUUUUGAGGUUGCGGUGUUGAGUUCUGCCGAUGUCAGGGACUUGAAGAGGGCCAUAGAGAAGGCGGUGGAUGAAAAGACUGCGGAGGAGUUGGGGCAGCGCAGUGUAUCAUGGAGUCAUGUGUGGGGCAACUUUACGUUGGCAUUCAAGGGGCAGCGGUUCUUGGAUGACGACGCGCCCCUCAGGAAAUAUGACCUGCGGCAUAACGACAUAAUCGACUUCGUCCAUCACAUCCCUUCGAAAGAGGCCGGGGAACAUUCGCAAGCAAAGAAAAGCCGAUUUUUUCACAGUUUAUCUGCUAGGCUUCUACCGAAAAGCCUAAUUGAAUAGGAAGUUGACGCUUAGUUCUUCUCGACUUUGUGCCUGAGAUGAUCGUGAGCUUCAAGAUCUACGUCGAUCUUGAGGCCGGAAUGUCGAAGGGUCUACAGACUGUGCAAGGUGCGCAGCUCGCGAACCAUCAUUCGAUCCAAUUGGACCUUUCUAGUUCAGUACAUAUUUUUGUUGACUCGCGCUUGCCAGUCGCUGCCAACGGAGGCUGUUUAUUCCAGGACAAUAAAGUAGUUCUAGAUAGAGUAUAAAAUCUGUAACUUACAUAGUUGCACUAGCUGCUUUCUAUAUCAAGUUUCGCUUCACUAUAGAGUCGCCCUUCCGAAUCUGUGCAAAGCUCACUAGCUGGCUCCUUAAUUUCGAAGUAUGACGACGGUACCUUUAACAACCCGUCAGCUCAAAAUGGUCGGCCCAGGUGUGGCCGCGAAUUGCCGGGAAGCGGACUGCGUUAGUUGCAAUUCAAUUCUAUAUUGC